GCAAAGCCUUAUCCAGUAAAACAUCACCAGGUCUACGACAGCUUUUUUCGACAACCAACAUCAAUCGCAAAGUCGAAAAGCAUUCAAAAUGGCUGCCGUAUACAAGUCUAUCUCCAAGACUAGCGCUCCCAAGGCUGAAGCCUCCAGCAAUGGCAUCAAGAAGAACAAGCAGCGGGUUUUGAUCCUUUCCUCCAGAGGUGUCACUUACCGACACCGCCAUCUUCUCAAUGAUAUUGCGUCGAUGCUCCCUCACAGCCGAAAGGACGCAAAGUUCGACUCCAAGACUAAGCUCUAUGAACUGAACGAGCUUGCCGAGCUUUACAACUGCAACAAUGUCCUGUUUUUUGAGGCAAGGAAGGGAAAGGAUCUUUAUGUCUGGCUCAGCAAGGUUCCCAAUGGACCUACCAUCAAGUUCCACCUCCAGAACUUGCACACAAUGGAGGAACUUCACUUCACCGGCAACUGCCUCAAGGGCUCGCGACCUGUACUCUCCUUCGACGGCGCUUUUGACAAGCAGCCCCAUCUGCGACUGAUCAAGGAGCUCUUCCUUCACACCUUUGGAGUACCCCAGGGUGCCAGAAAAUCCAAGCCAUUUAUCGAUCACGUUAUGGGAUUUAGCUUUGUCGAUGGCAAGAUCUGGGUUCGCAACUACCAGGUCAACGAGGUCGAGGCGGAAGCAAAGGGGGAAGAGGAAGAGGAUGAGGAUUCCAAGUCCAAGUCUCGAUCCGGAAAGCCAGACACCGAUAUCAACCUUGUCGAGAUCGGUCCCCGAUUCGUCCUGACACCCAUUGUGAUUCAGGAGGGCUCUUUCGGCGGUCCCAUCAUUUACGAGAACAAGGAGUUCGUGUCACCCAACCAGGUCCGCGCCGACCUCCGAAGGACGAAGGCUUCACGACACAACGCCCGCACCGAGCAACAAGUCGAGAGACGGGUCAGGAAGGGCGAUCUGGGAUUGCGAUCUGCUGGUGGCCAGCGUCCUGCUAAGAGCGAGCUGGAUACCAAGAUGCUGUUUGCCUAGACUAUUUGAUACCUGUCGAUAAUAUUUACUGGCUUGUUCUAUUGGGUCUGUAAACACCGGGACGGGGUGUUGGAGUUAUAGGUUAUACUGCGCUGCUAUUUGCCAAAAGAAUUUACAAUUCAGUUUACUUACAUCAAUCAGACCGUCGAUUCUAUCCUCCCUUGCCUCCCUUCUAUUAUUGAUGCAAUG